GCGGGAGGGCGCGGGAGGCGGUUUGAAAGAUGGCGGAUGAGGUGGACCAGCAACAAACAACAAAUACUGUAGAGGAGCCACUUGAUCUCAUCAGGCUCAGCCUAGAUGAGCGAAUCUAUGUUAAAAUGAGGAAUGACAGAGAGCUCAGGGGCAGACUACAUGCAUAUGAUCAGCAUCUAAAUAUGAUUCUGGGUGAUGUGGAAGAAACUGUAACAACAAUAGAGAUUGAUGAAGAAACCUAUGAAGAGAUUUAUAAAUCUACCAAAAGGAAUAUUCCGAUGCUCUUUGUCAGAGGUGACGGCGUUGUGCUUGUAGCUCCCCCGUUGAGGGUUGGCUGAAACAACAAAGGAUUUAACCUUUUUGGAAGGUUUCAGGCUUUUGGACAAUGGGUUCCUGUUUCAAUCACGCAUCUCAAAAUUCCGUGUGCAUUUUUAGAGGAUGUUUUUGUCUGUUCUUUUGGGAAGGGGAGGGAAGGGCAGGGGAGCCAACUUGUCUUAAUGAAAGUACAUGUAAUCAGUUGAAGUGGUGUAAAACAACCUGAUUUUCCCCGAAUUAAUGUAACUGCUGUAAGUCGGCUGUCUGUCACAUCAGUAAAAGAGUCUUUGUUUUGCGAUCUUGGCAAUAGCAGUGUCUUAAAUUUUUUGUUUUAAAUAAAUUUGGUUUAUCUUUCAGA